AUGGUCAAGCCAUUCUCCAAAUCAAAACGCACGCCCGUGCGGCUGCGGCAUAAAAUUGAGAAAGCCAGUGCGGCCAAACAGAGGAAACUAAGAAAGGAAGAAAAGAAGAACCCUCAAUGGAAGUCACGGUUAAAGAAAGAUCCCGGCAUUCCCAACCUGUUCCCGUUCAAGGAAAAGCUCCUCGAGGAGCUUGAAGAGAAGAAACGACAAAAGGCCGAACAGGGACAGAGGUUACGAGAGGCGAUCAAAGAGAAGAAGAGGGCCGGAAAGGAUGGGCGGUCAGGAGCGAACGCCGAGGCUGAAGAGGAGAACGAGGACGAUUUGAUGGAAGAAGAGGACGAGCUUCUGGACGAGGAUAUGGAAGAAGACGAUGGCGACAAGGCCCAUGACAGUGCAAACCCUUUGGCGGCGCUAGUAGCAUCAGCGCAAGCGAGAGCUGCCGAGUACGACGGGGGAGCGCUAGCAGGAGACAUCGGGCCUUCUGGAGACGACGGGUCGGCCGCGGAGGCAGUUCAGAUCUCGGAGACGAUAUCCUCAGACCACCGAAACCCAGACUCGUCGCGGAAAGCAUUCGACAAAAUCUUCAAGCAAGUCCUCGAUGCUGCAGACGUCAUACUGUACGUCUUGGACGCCAGAGAUCCUGAGGGCACCCGAUCCAGAGAGGUUGAACGACAGGUUAUGGCCGCCGAGGGUGGCUCGAAACGACUAAUUCUUGUGUUAAACAAGAUCGACCUGAUCCCUCCUUCUGUUUUGAAAGGCUGGUUGACUCAUCUACGACGAUAUUUCCCCACAAUACCACUCAGAGCAUCGACUCCGGCAUCUAACGCUCAGACCUUUGACCACAAGCAACUUACCCUUAAAGCCACCUCUGAAACGCUCCUGCGUUCCCUUAAAUCAUACGCCGCGUCCAAACAACUCAAACGAUCUAUAUCUGUUGGAGUAAUAGGAUAUCCCAACGUGGGCAAAUCCUCGGUCAUAAACGCUUUAACCUCACGUCUGAACAAGGGCGCUCAGAGCUUUGCCUGCCCCGUGGGCUCUGAGGCCGGCGUCACCACCAGCUUGAGAGAAGUGAAGAUCGACAGCAAAUUGAAGAUCCUUGAUUCGCCUGGAAUCGUGUUUCCCUCGACGGUGGACGGAGAAGGCAGAGAGGAUAAACAGCGCAGAAAAGCAGAGCACGAGGCUCGGCUAAUUCUUCUCAACGCGCUGCCGCCGAAUCAAAUCUCGGAUCCCAUUCCGGCAGUGAAUCUUCUGCUCAAGAGACUUUCCGCUUCUGAAACGCUAUACGAGAAACUCUUGAAGUAUUACGGCAUUGUCGCACUGGGACCGUUCGCGCAGGGCGAUGAAACGACAGAUUUUCUUGUCCAGGUCGCGAGGAAACGGGGCAGGUUGGGUAAAGGAGGCGUGCCGAACCUGACCUCGGCGGCGAUGACGGUCAUCACGGAUUGGAGAGACGGGAGGAUACAAGGGUGGGUGGACCCGCCUGUGCUGAAGGUCGCCGACGACGAGGAGAUGGUCGAGGACCAGGGUAUGGACGAUACCAGGGAGCUGCCCACCGGCGCGGAUCGCAAACAGAUUGUCAAGGAAUGGGCAGCCGAGUUCAAACUAGAGGGCCUUUGGGGCGAUGGUGCCGACAAUGGCAAGGGAUUUUCUGGUGGAGAGGACGUUAUGCAGAUAGAGUCAUGA